UGGGAUUGCCUAAACCGGUCCUGUCAAUCAAAAGCGACGACAAGGAGUUCGAAAGACAAGCUUGAAUGGAUAUAUAAGACCUUCAGGAUCGUCGUGUUUCGACUUCUUGUUUCUCUAUCCCCAUCAUCAGCCAUCAGCCAGCAGCCAGCCUCUUCACCCGAGUUUCCCAUAAUUCAGACACAAUGGUCUCCAUCAAGUCCCUCCUCCUCGGCGCUGCCGGUGCCCUCGCUAUGCCCUUCAACGCCACCGAGUUCUCUGAGCUCGCCGAGCGCGGCGGUACCCCCAGCAGCACCGGCUUCAACAACGGCUUCUACUACUCCUUCUGGACCGACAACGGCGGCAAUGUCAACUACGCCAACGGCGCCGGCGGCUCUUACUCUGUGAACUGGCAGAACGCCGGCAACUUUGUCGCCGGCAAGGGCUGGAACCCCGGUUCGGCUCGCACCAUCACCUACUCGGGUUACUUCAACCCCUCCGGCAACGGCUACCUGUCCGUCUACGGCUGGACCCGCAACCCGCUUGUCGAGUACUACGUCGUCGAGAACUUUGGCUCCUACAACCCUUCGUCGGGCUCCCAGCGUCUCGGAUCCGUCUACACCGACGGCUCCACCUACGACAUCUACAAGACUACCCGCUACAACCAGCCGUCCAUUGACGGCACCCGCACCUUCAACCAGUACUGGUCGGUCCGCCAGCAGAAGCGCACCGGUGGUACCGUCACCAUGGCCAACCACUUCAACGCGUGGGCCAAGGCUGGCCUGCACUUGGGCACCCACAACUACCAGAUCGUGGCCACUGAGGGAUACCAGAGCAGUGGAUCUGCUUCCAUCACCGUUCACGGUUAAACGAUGGAUUACCUAUGUUCAGGAUGGCAAGAUGUUGGGAUGAUUUUAGACAUUUGAUGGAUUGCAGGAACUUGAGAUA